AUGGAGCUGUCUGUCAAACCUAAGGGGCGGGAUGUGGGUGGGGCUUGGGGAGGCCGCGAUUUGCCUCCGCUCCCGCCUCUGGAUCAGAACCCCCUGACCGGGACCAGCCCUUCCCUGCCCGGCACCGGAGCCCCCGGGCGGGGACCGAGAGCGGAGUCCCGGGGCGGGACCCUCCGGCCGGUACCGGUAGCGGAGCCCCUGGGACUCCCUGACCGGUACCGGUACCGGACCGGGCCCGACCGCAGCGGGUCCCCGUGUCCCCGAUGCCGGACGAGCCGGGGGUGGCCCCGGUGUCCCCCCUGUCCCCGCCGCCCCCGGGGACCCCCCGGAAAGGGGCGCGGCCCCCCCCCGGGCAGCGACUCCGAGCACGACUCGGGAUUCUCCGAUUCCGGUUCCGAACACCUGGGCAGGUGCGAGGGGACGGACCCGGAGGGGCCGACCGGGCCCGACCGCGCCCACCGGGAACCCACCUGCCUCGGCCACGCCCCCCCGGGGCAGCAGCCCCCGGGAGCCGCUCGGGACCCGCGGCCCCUCCUGCUCCUGCUGCGCCCCCCGCCCGCCGCCGUGCCCGGUCCGGACGGGACUCCCCGGUGCCCUCCGGUGCCACCGGCUGUCCCCGCGGAGCUGUCGCCGUGUCCCCGGAGCUCCCCGCCGCUCCGCUCUCCGCCUGUCGCCGUGCCCGGUCCGGACAGGACCCGGCGGUGCCCUCCGGUGCCACCGGGUGUCCCCGCGGAGCUGUCGCCGUGUCCCCGGAGCUCCCCACCUCUCCGCUCUCCGCCUGUCGCCGUGCCCGGUCCGGACGGGACCCGGCGGUGCCCUCCGGUGCCACCGGGUGUCCCCGCGGAGCUGUCGCCGUGUCCCCGCGGGGCGCUGCUGGCGGCGCUGGCUCUGCGCACCGGGGCCCUGCUCCGCCACAACCGGCGCACGCAGGGCGACAUCGCGACACUGCGGCGACACACGCGGCUGCUGGCCCGGGCCACCCGCGACCCCCGCGUGUGGCCCCGCCUGUGUCACCUGCUGGGCCACCCCGCGGGAGCCCCCGGGAGUCACCGGGAGCCGCCGGGGGGGGGUGGGGAAUAAAGGGGUGGCACCGAG